UCAGUCACGGACCCGGCCGCUGAACAGCGGCAGCGGCCGGGUUUGGGCGACCACAGGCCCGGGUACAACAAUCGGCCCUCAACAGCGGCAGCGACAUAUCCUCCACUCUUCAAACCUUUCCUAUCAUCCAACUUUUAUCGUAACAUCGUAACCCUACCAAUUACCAUUCACAAACUUCCUCCUUCCCUCCCCUCACAAACACCAAUUUAACGAACUUCAAUGUGAACUGACUGGGGCACAUCCAACCAGGCUGUGAGACCGCGACUGGCCAUGCAAGCAGCAUCAACGCCACCACCUGAGCCACCGGUCGAACCAAAGUGGUCUCAUGAAGAAUCAGCGGAUGAGGACUUGAGUGUGACACGGUGUGCGAGGCAGUCUGAGAGGGGGAUCGACUCUACUGUCAUGGACACUUCUAAUGAUACUGACAUACUGGUGGCUGCAAAGGAGGUCAAAAUUGAAGUCACUUCAAUCAAGGACGAGAGACCGGAGUCGCCGUCAGUGCCGGACGAGGAUCCUCUCUCAUGCAACACUGCGCGGCCUCUUAAAGAGGAAGAAAAGUUCCGGUGUCGGUCGCCGACACCGCCUCUUGACUUUAUCGGGUUCACUGAGGUUGACCGGGACAGUGCUUGCUUCAUCUCCAAUGCCAAGACCAUUCUGCUAUCGGACUACCUGCCGUCAGACAAGCAAAACACUGUAGAAAUUUUUGCCGAAGGAGAGUUCAUCAAGAGCCAACGUCUCGUCAUAAACUAUCGGGACGUGGAUGGUCUCGAUGAUGGCAACAUAUUUUGUGAGCUGUGUUGCCGUGAUCGGGACGGAGAAUGUCUCGUCCAUGGUCCGCUGGAGGUCGUACACGACACUAAGGCACGACCCGGCAUCGGAGAUCCUGAAAGGGACGUAAAGACUCUGCCGCAAUCUCUCAGUUCGGGACCUAACACCGGAGUUUUGGCAGAGAAGAACCUUCCGGCCCGCCAAAGAUUCGGCCCAUACGAGGGCACGCUAACCACCGACGAACCACGGACUGGAACCGCUGGGUACAGGUGGAAGGUCAAGAAGGGUGACCGUGUUCAUCACUCGGUGAAUGCCGAGGACCCGAGCUGCAGCAACUGGCUCAGAAGGGUCAACUGUGCCCGCUCGGAGGAAGAACAAAACCUAGUCGCCUUCCAGCACAAGGGCCAGAUAUACUUCAGGACAUCAAAGCCCAUCCCGAGGGGCUCAGAGCUGCUGGUGUACUACGGAGACGACUCGGCCCGGGAGCUGACCGUACACUCGGAGACGUCUGGGGAGCCUGCGGCUUCCCCUGCGCCCGGACCGUCAUCCUCAGGUAGUACACUUCAGUGUCCCCACUGCGACUUCAACUGUUUGGGACAAAAGCGUCUGGAUAAACACUUGAAGACGCGGCACGGUCACCUUGGUAACAAGGGCCGAUUCCAGUGCGAGUGGUGCCAGUACUCCGCUGAACAGCCUGGUCAUCUGAGGGAACACCGUAGGACCCACACGGGGGAGCGGCGGCACGGCUGCUCCGUCUGUCCGGCACGAUUCACAAAACGAGGAACCCUCAACAAACAUAUGCGAACGCACACAGGAGAGCGGCCGUUCCGUUGCUCCAUCUGCCCAGCACGGUUUGCUGACCGGUCAAACCUCAAAAACCACAUGACAAUUCAUGUGGGGGAGCGGCCGUACCAGUGCGAUGUAUGUCGGUCCAGUUUCUUGAAACGAUCUCAUUUAGUCAGGCAUGCUCGGUUGCACUCGGAGGCCCGGCCGUACGUCUGCUCUAUCUGCCCGGCACGGUUCACACAACAGGCAGACCUGAAAGCACAUAUGCGGACUCACCCCAGGGAGAAGCAGUACACGUGCGAUAGGUGCUCAUCCAGGUACUCAACGCGAGCACAUCUCAACGUACACAUGCGGACUCACACGGGGGAGCGACCGUACCAGUGCGAUAAGUGCCCGUCCAGGUUCAUUACGCGAGCAAAGCUCAACAGACACAUAUGGACUCACACUGAGGAGCGGCCGUACCAGUGCUAUAAGUGCCCUUCCAGGUACUUUACGCGAACACAUCUCAACACACACAUGCGGAUUCACGCUGAGGUGCUGCCGUACCAGUGCGAUAAGUGCCCGACCAGGUUCUUUACGGAAACAAAUCUCAACAAACACAUGCGUAUUCACAAAGAGAAACGGUCGCAUGGCUGUUCCACCUCCGCAGCACAGUUCACUCUACGAAAAGGGCUCACCACACAUGUAUUGAUCCACACGGGGGAGCGGCCUUACGGCUGUUCCAGUUGCCCGGCACGGUUUGCCCAUCGGUCAGAACUCACCACUCACAUGCGGACUCACACGGGGGACCGCCCGUACCAGUGUGACGAGUGUCCGUCCAGUUUCGUUACCCAAGCAAAUCUCAUCAGUCAUGCUCGGAUCCACACGGAAGGCCGGCGACAUGGCUGCUCCGUCUGCCCGGCACGGUUCACUCAACUGUCAGACCUCGGCGCACACAUGCGAAUUCACAUGGGCGAGCGACCGUUUGACUGAUCCAUCUUCACGGCAUGGUUCCCUGAACGAUCAAGUCUCAUCGGACACGGGAAGGUCCACAGGAGUGACCGGAAGCACGGCUAGUCGUCCUGUCCUGCGCGGUUUGUUGAACGAUCACAUCUCGCCAGGCUUAUGCCGACCACACAGGAGAGCGAUGCAACGCGAAGCCACCACAUACUGUCAGGCGUCACGUCAUCCGACAUUACACAAACACAUCACGCAGCUCUGGAUUCAUGUUUUAACAGUGUGGGCAGGGCUGCGGAGUCGGAGUCGGAGUCGGAGUCGGAGUCGGUCGGAGUCGACAGUUACGACCGGAGUCGGAGUCGGAGUCGGAGUCGAUUUUAUAAACCCGAGCCGGAGUCGGAGUCGGAGUCACCGAAAAUCUGUCGACUCCGCAGCCCUGCUAGGUCUGCGGAGUCGGAGUCGGGAGUUGGAGUCGGUCGGAGUCGACAAUUCUGCCCGGAGUCGGAGUCGGAGUCGGAGCUGGUUUUUGAAAGCCGGAGUCGGAGCCGGAGUCGGAGUCGCUGAAAAUCCAUCGACUCCGCAGCCCUGAGUGUGGGAGUGUUAAAUGGAUCCAAUAUGCUACGGAAGCAUGUCGAGAAGGGCGUGAAUGUUAUAAAAUACAGGUUUUGUGUUGUUAAU